UUUGACAAGUUUUAUAUAUAAAACGCAAAGUGAAGCCACGGCUUGCAUUUUGUUUUCUUUAUAAUUUUUACAGUUAUUCUCUAAUGUUUCAGUGUAUUUUCAUAGUAAUUUUGCAAAAAUAUAAGUUACACAGUAUAGACAAUUCUUUAAAUGAUUAAAAUAGCUGGACGUAUUGUAUAGUGGGGAAAAAUUAACGAGACGCUUCCAACGUUGAAUAUCGGUGCAGCAUAAAGUGUCGUAUCUUAGCAAACUUUAAUUACGUUAAAAGCGAACAAAAUGGGUCGUAAAACAAGAAUUCGCAAAAUUCGUCCCAACCAAACAGAACGGAAGAAGGGUAGUCCUGUCAAUCGAUCACCAAAAAUGAGCGUUGAUGUCGAAGAAAUGCUCGAAUCCAGUGUUAUCUCUACUAACGAUGGAACGAUUCGGACUAAGAACGGCAUCAAAGUUGGGGAUCAAAUUCCGCAGACUCCCAAGCGGUGUAGAUCACUCCCAACUGAAAAUGCUUUCAAACGUCCGAACAAUAAACUGGUCUCCACAGUAUCUCCCAUAACUCGAGGUAGAAGCAAAAGACGUCUUACUGACUUGAGACCGGAAGCAGAAAAAUUACACGUUUUGCUGACGAGAUUGGAUCCAUUGAAUAAAUCAGUAGAUGUGAAAAAUGUUAUACCAACCGAAGAGUCGAUUGAACCGGGUAAAGUUGAACCAACAAUUAUCCUUGAGAGCAGCCAAGUGCAACAGCCAGAAACAACGUUGGUCUCGAAACCUGCCUCUCUUCGUUCCAUUCGAAGAAACAAAAGAUAUAUUCAAACUAGUCCGGAAACUAUAUCUUACCAAGCUACUGCACCAGAUGCAGUGACCGUGGUGGAUAUUGAAAACAAGAGUGACGAUGGGGAAUCGAAGGUAAACUAUAAACCAUUAAACUCACCGGACGCAUCUUCCAGCGAACCUUCCGACGCAAUAAUUUCUCCGAAAGUUGCUGAAGAGCGGUUAAAAUCUCCCGAUAGAUCCCAAUAUUUGCUUAAACAGCUUGAAAGCACGUUGAGCCCAAAAUUAACGGAACCAAAAAAGGAAACCAACCGUCCAGUAAGUCGCUAUGGUCGCAUCCAAAAGCAGAAAGAAAAUAACGAUUACAUUCCAAUGAAUGUGGCCAAGUUUAUAACAAAAUUUUCACCGAGAACAAAACCCAUAAAGGUAGAAAAAGUUGUCGAGUUGCUCUCUGAGUCCGAGGAAUUUGAAAUAACAGUUCUAAACUUUCCCCCGACGUCACCACAACAAUUUGAAGGCAAUUCAACAAGUGAAGUCAGCAAUAUUCUUUUGGUAACCGAUUCUAGCGAUGCCGCUAAUGAAAUGAAACAAAAUAUGAUCGCGACUGAUCUGCUCCCGGUACAUGACGACAUUUUGGUAUCACAUGACUCGGAAAUUCCUGAACCUGCUACACAGCAAAAUGAAAACAAUAGUCCCGUUUCAGUUGAUACUGUUUGUACAGAAAAAAUAGAAUCCGAAUUUCAUCCGGAUCCCGUUGAAUCACCAUUGAUUCCGGAUUCUGUUGAACCACCAUUGAUUCCGGACCCCGUUGAACCACACUCAAUAGCAGCAGAAUAUGAGUUGAGUUCGUUGAGUGAAUGUUUGGAAGCCCCGCCAUCGAUGGAAGCUCUCGAUACGAUAGCGGAAUUAAUUCCAACUGGCGAAAUUUUAGGGAUAGAUCAAAUCAAAAUAUUAGAUCUGGAUGCCAGUUUCAGCUCGAGUAUAAACGAUACGGAAAUUGUGGCGGAAAGUGAAAAUAUUUCGCCGAUGAAGACUAUGGAAAAAUCACCGGAUGCCGAUAGCGCUAACGGUUCCUCGAUUGAUCACGAAGUGAUGGUGCUCGGAGAGGAACCGAUCAAAGGACAACUGGGUUGGGGUGCAUUGAGCAAUAAAGUGCUCCACUGGCCAUGCAUGGUUUGUGCUGAUCCGACCGAUGGUAAAGUAAUUAAAUUCAAAAACACUGCCAAAAAGCUCAAAGUGAUCCACGUUACAUUUUUCGCCGACAACGGUCGUCGUAGUUGGAUACCGGAGUCUUUGUUGUUGCCGUUUGUCAGUAUGGAAGAAUAUAAAAUCUUGAUAGACAAACAGUGGAGGCAUCUGAAGAGAAAAAUUAGCACCGUUUUGCAGCCCAACCAUCCGUGGAUGGAAGCAAUCAAACAAGCCAAUGAAAUGCUUCAAUACUCGAUCGAAUCGCGAGAACAACGUUUCCAAGCCUUACUAGAGUUAGAAAGUAACCGACCGAAACAGAUGCGAAAACGUGCGAAGAGUUCUUCGGCCGGAUUCCAUAGCAAUAGUUUUGGGGAAUCCUUCGAAUCAACAGGAGGGAAACGACGCCGAUCGCCUACCCCCGAGAGCCCGGCUUACGAACCCAUUUCAGCCACCGAUCUUGAUCCAGAAUUUAAACGCAUUAAACUGGAACCGGAUGAUCCGGACCUUCUGCGAAACACUAUUACCAGGUAUUUCCAAUCGAUGACAGACGGAAGUGAUAUGAUGGAAACGGCCAGUGGAACUAGCAGUGAAUGUGACGAUAUUUCUGAAAUGGCAGGAUUCGAUCGGGAAGCGUACAAUCAUUUGCUGAACAUGAGUCGGAUAUACGUUUUCGAGGGUCAAACCGAAGCCGAUAUCGAUAAGAAACUACAGAAGUACGUUCAGAAAAUCUGCUCCCUACGAAUGCAGUCGGCUGCCGGUGCAAAGAAUGCCAGGGUUUCCAACAGAUUGCGCUCGCAAGCGCUUCGGAACUCAUUUCUAAAGUUUGAGAUGGAACUCGGGAUCGGUCAGAUCAAGAAGGAUCCGAGUCCGGUCGGGGCGAAUGCACCGACGAAAGUGAAAAAGGAACCGAAAACGUUAGAACAGCUUUUUAUCUUCACUCUCGAGAAGAACUAUCUGAUGAAGGGUGUUCCGAAGGGUUUCGUGUGCGUCGUCUGCUAUAAACCAAAUGAUGUGAGCAAGUGCAGCAAGUGUUAUAACUUCUAUCAUCCGGCAUGUGUUCAGAUUCCACCGAACGCGGUCAGUAAACCGGAGAAAACGGUUGACAGUAAAGCGUUCGUUUGCCCGGACUGCAGUACCCAAAAGCCACCGAUUUGCUUUGUUUGUCAGGAUCAGGAAGAGACGAUCCGAGAUGAGCGCAAGCAUCGCUGCACGGUUACCGGAUGUGGCAAGUACUAUCACUUUCCCUGUCUGAGGUUGUUUCCACAGCACAAGUUAACCAGCACACCGAACUCAAGCACGCUGUUCUGUCCGUACCACACGUGUCACACCUGUGUCUCGGAUGAUCCACGAACCAAUGCGACCACGACCAAGGGUCAACUGAUGCGGUGUGUCAAGUGUCCCUCGUCAUAUCACACGGAUGCCAAGUGCAUACCUGCCGGUUCACAGCUACUGACCAGUGUGGCCUUAAUCUGCCCGAAGCAUAGUCUGGAAAAAUGCUCGUUAAAUGUAAAUUGGUGUUUCCUCUGUUGCAAGGGAGGUAGUUUAAUUUGUUGCGAAACAUGUCCCACUGCGUUUCACCUUGAAUGUCUGAAAUUCAUUCCACCCGAGGGAAAAUACAUUUGCGAAGAAUGCGAAUCCGGUCGGAUGCCACUGUACAACGAAGUCGUGUGGGCCAAGUAUUCUCACUUCCGAUUUUGGCCGGCCUUGAUUGUACCGCCUCCGAUGGUUCCGGAAUUUAUGCAUCGAAGACCGCAUGAAGUGUGGGACAUUUGCAUUAAAUUUUUCGGUUCCCAUGACUAUGGUUGGAUCAAUCGAAGGAGAAUCUACCUGUAUCAGGAGGGUGAUUCGGAAAACGUGUCGGAACGGAAGCAGGUUGGCAUUUUGGUUAAGUACAACGAAGCCCUGCGGGAAGCAAAAGCGGUCCACGGAAUGUUGCAGGCAAAGAAAACCGACGAAGAUGCUGACCAGGCCGACAGUUCCUUUAAACCGCCGAUGUAUGUGAAGAUUAGGAGCAAUAGAUAUGUACCACCGUUGAAACCGCCGAGUGUCGGCAAGGAAGCUGAGGAAGAAAAUGUUUGUGAAUGCAAACCGUCCGACAGCGAUCCAUGUGGACCGGAUUCGAAUUGCAUUAAUCGAGCCCUGCUCAUCGAGUGCAAUCCAAAGGUUUGCCCUACCCGAGAGCGAUGUCAAAAUCAGUGCUUUGAAAAGAAACAAUAUCCAGCGCUGGCUGCCAAACGGAUACCCAACAAAGGCUGGGGUCUCGUCGCACAGGAGGACAUUCGAGUGGGUCGGUUCGUUAUCGAAUACGUUGGCGAGGUGGUCAACAAUGAUGAGCUGGCGCGAAGGCUUCAACAAAAAAAGGAACAAAAGGAUGAAAACUGGUACUUUUUGACGGUCGACUCGGAACUCACCAUCGAUGCAGGACCGAGGGGGAACCUGGCGCGGUUUAUUAAUCAUUCGUGUGAACCGAACUGUGAGACGCUGCUGUGGAAUGUGGGAGGUGCUCAGUCGGUGGGUCUGUUUGCAAUCAAAGACAUCAAAGCGGGUGAUGAACUAACAUUCAACUACAACUUCGAAAGUACGAGCGAUGAGAAGAAAAUCUGCCAUUGUGGAGCAUCCAAAUGUUCUGGAUUCAUCGGGAAAAAAUAUCGUCCUCCGGUGGAAGAGGAAUCCACCACGGCAAAAUCUCGUGGUAAAGCUGGGAAAAGUAAAGUCAAGCGUAGGCGACACAGUGCCCAUCCAUCGGUGCUGUCUUUGAAGAAAAGGAAAAUUUCCGUAAGCAAGGAACCUCAAACUGUCGAGAUUCAAUCCGGAACGGGUUUGAUCGAAGGGGACCUGACAGACGGAACUGAUGCAAAUAGUAACCAAUCGGCACCGGUAUCCUCAUUGUAGCACAAUUGCUGUUCGAAGCAGCAUUCAGUUGUUAACUGGCGGGACCAACAGCUAUCGUGGGCGAGUAUUAGUUAGACUAGAGGUGGAUCAAUCCUCUAUUUUUAGGUGUUGAUAUGUUAAUUCCGAUCAUUAGCAUCACCAAAUUAAUAAUUUAUUCUGUUUUCGAAAUUCAAGCGCAUAAAGAUAUUUAUUUUACUGCGGCUGAAAAAUUUUAAUUCCACUUUAACUUGUUAUACUGUAAUUGUAGCACACUAUUGAUCGGAUGUAGUUUAUUAGUUGACUUGGCAUAUGUUGAAAACAGCGUACUACUGAACGUGUUAAAAUUUUAGAAUAAAUUACAAUCCGAAUGAUGAUAAUUGUUUGCCUAUAAAAAUUUCUCGAAUUUGACGUUGCAUUGUUCCCAACGACUUUACCAAUAAGUUCAAGUUUGUCGAAUCAUAUACCAGUUUAUAUCGCCACAAUCGAGAAUGUUUCUUUAAUUUAUGAAUAACUUUCGACAAUAUAUUUAGUUACAAUCGUUCAUUCGGUAAACAGAUGACAGAUGUGUCACUCGAUCACGCACAAAUAAAUGCUAGGAAAGUGGCAAGGAUGGAAGGUUUGUGUUUAUUUAUGGUUUCAAAACAUCGUAAUAAAAAGUGUAUUUUUAAUA